CAUUUCGCGGCACAAUUCCAGGCCGGUCUGCGGUACUGUGUCUUUAAGCGAUUUCUGAAGGUAAGUCGGAAGGCAGGAGCGGUGCACGAGACGGCUGCGCGCGCCCACUCCCGUAUGUGGACACUCCAAAAAAUGUGUUAAGAAUCACAAAAGCUGGAUCGGUAGCGCUGGAAGAUAAACGCAACAGCUGUUCGUCGGUCACAAGAAUGUAAACAAGAUCACCGGUGGAGCUUCCCCAUGCACCUACAUCCCUUCCAUUCCGACCUUCUAGAAUGUUCCUGAAGACGGUUCCUCCGGUGGUGGCUAUUCACUCGGAAUGGAGGUCCAAUAAGAGCUGCAGCCUGCCUCUCUUUUUCAAUGACAGUGCCUCCGACAGCGAACUUGCCUCUGUUAGCGGCACCCCGAUCCCACAGAAGAUCCAGAUGAUUAUAGAGAGCCUCCACAGCACCCAGUCUUCGGACAUAAGCGAGAACAUGCAGACCGAAAAGGCUGCCCAUUCCAGCCACGAGGCUGGCUACAAGGGUCAAAUGAGACUCAUGGACACUUCUGCGAGAUCCCGGCGAACAGGGGCAGAUACUAAGCCACAGACCGCCAGAUCUGAUUCUGGUGAUGAUUCGGACAGUGACGAUUCUGUGGACAGAGGCAUUGAGGAGGCCAUUCAGGAGUAUCUGAAGGAGAAGGUGGACCACAAGCGCAAAGGGGAUCCAAUGGCAAGUUCGCCCCCAGCGCCCAAGCUACAGCGGAGGGAACCAACUGACCUGGAUGCUGCUAAACAAAACACACAUUCCAGUAGUGGUAAGGUGCUAACUGCGAGCAAUCAUAUACAGAGAGCCUUGAGUGGGACGCAGCCCCUAAAGAAGAAAGUCAAAAAGAAGCAGCUAAGCAAAGAAAAUCCCUUUAAGAAAGCAGACACAAGUAAAGGUUCGUCUGUAAAAAGUCUUCCUCCACCCAGAACUAAGAAAGGAUCUUCCUCAUCCUCGGAGAUGGACAGAUCUCCACCUCGUCUUGUCAUUAAAGAGGAAGAUGAAUGGCUUGAGUCAAGCAGCGAUGAUGGAAUUGAAGAGGAGAUUCAGAGAUUCCAGCAAGAGAAAAAAGAAAAACAGGAAGGCGGAAAAGAUGCCCUGAGAUCUUCACGACAAAGGGAGGACUCUGAAUCGAGCAGCGAUGAAGGUAUUGAGGAAGCCAUCCGCCUCUUCCAGGAAGAAAAACACAAGCAAAAGAAAAAGAAAAGUCCUCUCAUACCUGCCCAACUUGUGCCUGCGCAAUGUAGUAAACCAGCCGUUGCUUCUCCCGAAUGCAUGAGCACUCAGCCCCUUAAAGCACUGUCCAAGAAGAGCAAGAAGAAAUUGACAACCAAGAAGUCUAAUCUCCCUACACCACUGGGUGUAAGCCACUUUUUGAACAAGUGUACAUCCCAGGGCUCAAAACAAACCCACACUGAACAUCAGAUCCAUUCCAGCCUGAAGGUCAACACUGCUGAGCUGAUGUGUGCUGAAGCCAUUCUCGACAUCUCCAAAACCGUCAUGCCCGAGGUGUUUGAGUCCAACUUAAGCAUUGCUAACAGAAAUUUGCUUCAGAUGCCAACAUUCCCCACUGUGGCACCAUCUGCAGAUAAAAGUGAUGAAAGUUCUGUUGACAGUGAGGACGGGAUUGAGCAAGAGAUAAGAAAAUUUUUGGAGCAUAAAGCAAAGAUGAACAAAGAGCUUCCGACAACAACCGGUGCCCCUUUGCCAGUUGCAGGAGAUCCCACUGCGAGCAAAGAGCCGAAGAAGACGAUGAAGGAAACCCAGCCGAAUAAAGCAGUGAGGCUUUCCCUGUCAAAAAAACGCAAGUUUAAAGAAGAACAAAGCAAACUUUCUAGAGAUGGUGACUUGGUUUUGAAUAUUAAAGAGGAGCCUCCAGGGACACCUCUGAAACUUAGUGACUCCACGACACUAGAGCUUUCAACCACUCCCACUGUAACAUCCAGUUUAGGUACUCUAAACAACAUGAAAAUGAGCAAACCGAAGCAGAACUCCCCACCUCGCAAGGGUACAGAUAGUAGUGUACUCAAAGACAAAGCUUCGACUUACAGUAUGUCCAGCCCAAAGAUUGGUUCAGAGAAAAAUGACAGCAGUGACAAAAGCAGCUCCUUUGACAGUGAUGAGGACCUAGAUGCCGCAAUUAAAGACUUGCUUAAGACAAAGAAAAAAGUCAAAAAGAAAGUGAGGGACAUGAAGGCGAGAAAAAACACCAGGCCUUCCGAGCCUUUAUCUUUGGAUGCUACGAAAAAACAGAAACUUUUUACAGACCUGAAGAGCAUCCCACCUUCCAAGCUUGUUAAGUCUGGCAUCUUGAAAGGCGGCAAAGAAACACUGAACGUUCAGGCUAAAAAUGACAAGGGUCAUAAAAGCAAAGCAGUCAAAGGUAAAUCAGAAGUCCAGAACAUCAAACAAUCUAAAAGCCCUGCACAGGCUGACAAGCUGACCGGGAACAGUGGGAUUCCUAAAACUCAAGAUGUGGAUAUACCCUCUUCCAGUCUGCACGCAGAAGACGACGACAGUUCUGUGGACAGUGAUGAUAGCAUCGAGCAAGAGAUCAGGAAAUUUCUAGCUGAAAGAGCCAAGGAGUCUACACCUCUCGCCGCAAACAUCAAACAGGAGGAAGAAGCCGUAGACUCCUUGACUUCACCUGCAGAGUGUGACGGUAAACCAGAACCUCAAAAGAUUCGAACUGAAACUCCAGUUUCUGCUUCACCAUCAACCUCUGGGAGACUCUUCAAAAGUGAAACACAAGCAGAAUCCACAGACACACCUUCAAGAUCCGAUGCACCUGCAGAGCUCAACAAGGGACCAGUCCUGACACCUGGCAGCUCUUGCAUUAUGGGUUUUAGGAGGACCGAAAGUCAAAAAUGUGAGAUCUCGUCCCCAAGAGAUCCAAAAAACGGCAGCUCCCAGAUAGGAAAGGACACUCCAACAAGUCAUGCCAUCAAACGCUUCGCUAUGCCCUCUGUGAGCUCAGAGAUGCCCCGAAUUUUGGGUCAUCAACACCAGAACCUAUUCCUGAUGAGACCCGUUAACAGCAGUAUGAGUGACGUCAAGGAACUUGACGUUAAUGAUCUUUCCGUCAGCCGCCAGAGGGUACCGUCAGUCGCUAGGAUACCUUUAAAGGAUGUCAUUAGUUCUCUUUGUCCUUCGCCUAUCUCAAAACCUCAGAUUAGUUCUUCUGUCACCACUGGUGAUCUCACGACCUCGACACCCCCUGUGGGCAGGACAGAGGGACUUUACUUGCAUAACCGCCUAAAAAGGGACCGACACCUCUCCGAUAGACCACACUUAUCCCCCGCCACCCCACACCUGUGCCAGGCCUCACUUGUACUGCAGCCCCAUCAGGGCAGCAGCGUAAUCCAGGUACAACGGGACCCGACACCCCUAGCAAAGACAAACCACCUGCAGCUCAGCAAGGUGGAAUCCAACACAGGUUUAGGAGAAAGACAAAGGGAGGGAGGAAGUGUUAGCAAGGAAGAUAAAGAGCAGGAAGGCGAGGAAGAGAAAUGUGUUGAUGAGACAGAUGUAGAGUCAGAUGAGGAAAGGAAAGAUCAGAAGACAAAAGACAGGAAGAUGCAGCCCCAUAAUCAGUGAGUACCUACCUGUCCUCUCUCCCAAAACACACACACAUAUCAGCUGAGGGAACAUGGUCGCCAAAUCCCAGUACAUAACCCAUGCUCUUGUCCCAUCUAAGUUAAGAAAGACUUCUUUUAAUUAGAAAGAGUUAAAGAGUGUUUUGGUCGUUGGUUCGGGCAGAUCUAUGGAUCCAAUUUGCAAGUAUUUUGCAAGAUUCUCAACCACACAGCCGAAAUUUUCCUUCGGCUUUAAGCAUUAGUUGUUUUAUUUUAGAAUUAGCCUGACGGACUGCGGCGUCUCAUCUUGCAUUUCUAUGUUUCUGACUUUUUGUACUGUAUGAUUUAGGUUCCAUGGGACGUCACAUAGGACUCUUUGAGCGUACCACAUCCUUUUUUUGUAUGUUUGUACAUUUAUAAAUAUAUUUAAAAGCAGACAUGAUGUCACGAAGAGAGAUUAAACUUUGUUUUUUUUAUUGUUUUUGUGUUGUAUUUUCUCUGCAGCAUUUCUGAAUGAAUCCCGCUUUACAAACUUUGCUUUUUGGGAAAUUCUUAAUUGAGACUAUGAAAAGUAAUCGCAAUUUAAAAACUUUAUGAAAAGAUGACAAUAUCAUUGGCGAGUUUACACUAAAUAGCUCCCAGGUUUAAAUAGUUACCCUAUUCAUAAGGAAAUAUUUUUUCUUCCUGCAAAAAAUUCUACAAGUUAAACACAAAUGUGCAAAUUGCGUCCUUAAGUACCAAACCGUGAGAAGGACUGUAGAAUGUAAUGGCCAAGAGAAUGAAAACGCUUUUGCUUGCAUCAGUGCAUAUUCAUUUGUUAUUAGUGAACAAUGGUUCAACAUCAUCAUUCAGACCCUUGACCUCUGAGAGGAAGGUCUGAGUUACCUUUCGGUAACGAUAAAAUAGUCCCUGAUGUUUCUAAAAGAGUAAAAUCUCCUCAGUGCAACGGUGAAUGACGAAGAUGGGCCUCAUCUGUGAAACACAAGCAGAAUUAAUUUCCAUUAAAACGGCUCCAAAAACUCUUCUUGUAUAAAUUGUUCCAUUUAAUUGCAAAAUAACGGUUGAUGAACAAUUUAUCGAGAAAUUCGUUCUGCUUGUUUCAUAAAUAAGACCUUUAAUAACCUGUAAGUUUACAUGUAUAUAGAAUGUGUAUGAAAAACAGCCAUUUACAUGGUAUUAAAAUUUUACAGAUAAACGGCAGUAGCAGUUAUUGUAACCUUUAGUUUUUUUCAAAUUACUAACUUUCCCUCAAUAAGCUUUUUUUCCCCACAAUGUUCUCUUUUAACACAUUUUUUAAAUAUAUUUAGUUGAGAACACUUUAUAUUCGUGCCAUAACCAGGAUAUUUUGGUACCACUGGAGGACAUUCAAAAAUUUUUAUCAUACUGCAAAGUUAUCUGUGUCUCAAAAUUCAGCCAUCUUUCUCUUUUUGCACAUAUUUGCAUUUGUCAAGUCACACCACUUUCUCUCUCUCUCACUCUCUCUCUCUCUCUCUCUCUCUCUCUCUCUUUCUCUUUUUGCACCUGUUUCUUAGUUCCUGUUUCUGUUGCUUAAUAUAUGUAGGUGUUUCCUAUGUGAAAAGAAUGUUAUUUAUUUUUGUUUAUAGAAGAGAAGAAAGUAAAGACUCAUGCUGACUAUGCUGGGCAUUGCCAGUUUUCAUAAAUAUUUUGCAAAAAAAAAAAAUAAAAAAAGGAUUUUUCGUCCCCUGCUCUGCACAGAGAAACGAAACGCAAACUGUAUCUCUAAAGAUGUAUAAUAAAAAUUGACUUUGACACACAA